AUGCCACUCUCACGACUCGACCUCCCCUAUUACAUCUUCGGCGUGGUUGAGCCAACUUUACAAAUCCUUGGUUUUGUCGUCGGCUCCUUCGCCCCGCAAUACUUUGCCCUCACCCAGGCGCCGUUGUUAAUCUCGCAUAGCCUACUACCAUCCGAGAAGAUUCUCUCAUAUCAGCUGGGCUUCGGGUCUACGACCAAGCGCCGCACAGCGCGGCACAGCGCGGUACACGCUAUACUCUCCGUCGUGAUCAAGGAUGGAGAUGACCUGGCGGCCAUCCACAAGACGAGGAUGGCCGAAUUAGGCAGAAGCGUGUCUGCGCCGUUGCAAGUUGUGAUUGAUGACUCUUCCCUACGGAGGCCGCCUACCGUCGCAAUGUUCUAG